UUACAUUACGCGCGUCACCUAUUCUAGCGAAAUGCCCUUGCCUCUGGGAAAGCCAUCGGCUCGAUAUGUUGCGAGCAGAGAAAGUGAGCCUAGUAGCCGAAAACCACUUUACAGCCACUUGAAUGUGGCCAGACUAUAGUCUGCGACUCUGCGUGUAGGUUAUUAGGCCUAUAGUUUAGGGAGUUCCGCCCCUCACUGCGGGAGCUUCAAGCUCACUGUUCGCCCGUUCCUCUACCAGUUCACCUCGCUGCGAGUCCAGAGCAACGGAUCAAAGCUAGCUGCUGGGACUCUGCACCAAGCUUCAUUUCUAGAGGCUUCCCAACGAACCUGUCGGUUUUGUCGGACGUGGGAUAAAUAACAUAAAURAAACACCUUGUUUUGGGGACCCAGUUAUUUUAUAUUGUUUUGGAAGGCGCGAAUUGCUGUUGCCAGGCAAGUCAAGUCCGCAGAUCUUCUGCACAAUCUUGUGACACCAGGCUUCUGUGUACCAAUCGACCAUGUCGGAUCUUUCCAUUGCCUCCGCAACCCAUCAGUGACGACCACUAACCGUUUGUUUCGGACAAACAUGUCAGCCUGCGGCGAGUUUGCAGAACACGUGUGGAAACCCGGAUCGUGUAAGAACUGCUUCCACCCGCGUAGCGCCCACUGUGCUAGCGGGGGCCUCAUAGUGUCCUGUGGUGCCCUGAGGGCCAGUCUGGGUGGAGAGGAGGAGGAUGGCCAGGGGGUAACCGUGCCGUUGCUCUAUUCGAAACCCACCAUCGCUGUCCGCCCUACCAUGAUGCACCCUGACACCAGCGACAUGCUGGCAGAUGUCAACAUGAACAUAGAGCAGGAAAAUCAGAAGAGUCCAGGGGACAGACUGAGCCUCAAGAUGUUGGACCUGUCCCCGAUCUACAUAGACAGUAACGGCUGUAACAAGGCCCUGAGAGAAGCAGUACUACACAGUACUACAACCCCUGGGAAGAUGGACUACCCGUGCAGCCGCUUCUCCCCUGGACCUCUAAGCCCCCUGUCCCCUCUGUCCCCGUCUGCCCUGCAGAAGGACUCUAGUAUGAUCAUCAGCAGUAUCUUUGUGACCCAGGAGGAUGGCCACGGCCGGGGGCCUCAUAGUGCCCACAGUCUGAAGGAGAAUGGGAACAGCAACGGUGAAUUCUCCUACAGGCAACAAAUCACCAAGAAUACCAAAACCGCCAAGAGCACUUACAAUGGGAAUGGUGUCGACACUAGGGGGUCUUCCAAAGUCCAGGUCGUCCAGGAUGUACAAGCACCUUUGGGGAUUGCUAUCAACAUCAUCGCCACGGCAACCACAACAGCCGGUAACGGCAUUGGUAACGGUCUGAUCACCGCCACAGCCGCCCCAAGUAACGGGCUCACGUCUGGUACCGCAGACUCGUCCAGCACUUAUUUCGUCCCAGCCUUAACCACCAUGGGCUCAGGGGCCUCUCCGGGCCUACUAGUGCCCAACUUCCAACCCUGUGGAGGUGGCAYAACCAACUCCUUUCUCUCUGAGCCUGUCUCCAGCCUGUCUCUGUCAGACUCCUGCUCCUACCGCAGCAGCACAGACUCCCUCACAGGACCUGAUGGCUUCAGACUGCUGGGGCCAGAUAGUCCCACACCUCAGAGCCUCUCAGCCAGCCCUCCCUCAGAGGGACAGACGAUGUCGUCAGAGCCCAUCUAUGCUGAGAGCACCAAGAGGAAGAGGAGGCCUCAGAGCGCUGGGGAGAACGGGAAGCCCAACCCCCCCCAGGCCCAAAAGCAAUGCUCGGAGCUGGAGCUCACGGGAGAGGGUCAGAACCAUAGGGCAAAGAUAACUGUCAUGGCCGCCCAUACUGAGGAGAACAACCGGACCUUCUACCUGAGCAGCCCGGACUCAGCCGUCAGCACCCAGUGGCCACAUUUCAGCCCCACGGCCCUCAGUAACCCUGGGAGUCCAGCCUUCAAGUGGCCCUCUAGCUCCUCUGUCACAGAGACAUCCUCCACAUCAUCCCCAGCCUCCCCUGCCUCCCUCCAGCCCAAGCCCCAGAACAGCCCCCCUAUCCCCCCCAAGAGGAACAACCGUUCCCCAAAACCACUCCUCGGGACCUCUAGUCUCUCCCCAGUCCCUCUCCCUGAGCUCAGCAUCCAGGGAAUCCAGGCUCUGUCUCUAUCCCCCAGGGAGAGCGACAUCCAGGUGCAGGUGAAGCACCAGAUGGAGCCCCACAACUCAGCCUCAUCGGAGGCCCGGAGGCACAAGCUCCACACCACCGCCUGGAACUGGGAGGGCCGGAUCGAGGAGGAGGAGGAGGAGGAGGAGGGGGAGGAGGGCCAUGCCCAGGAGAGUUCCUCUCGGAACAGGGUGAUGGGGCUCAUCAAUGGGGCGGCUGUCUGGAGGGAGGCCAGGGAUUGGAGACCCACUGGGGGGUUGCAGGGCAGCACCCAGACCCUGCCAGGCACCGUGGCCAACAAUGGUGCCAGUCAGAAACAGAAGCAGGCAGGCUGCAGCGGCGGCAGCGUAGAGGAGGGCAAACAUAGCAGGAGCAUGUUGACCAAAACGCAGCCGUUGACUCCAUCGUCRGUCUCCAGCACGGUGCAGCUCUCAGCAGAGGGGAAMAGUUCAAGCCAGGGCCCCACUCCUCCACCCCCUCCGCCUAAGAAACACCACAGGGUGUCUGGUAAGAUGAGUCAGAGCAGUGUGGAGCUGGACCGGUGUAGCCAGCAGGGCUCCGUAGAGAGCCUGUCCUACAGUCUCUGCGGCCUGGGGAGCAGCAGCCUGCCUACAGCCUCUAUUGACAGCCUGCCUGGAGGUUCCAACAGAGCCCUCUCUGAUUCUGGUUCCCACGAUGCCCCUCGUCUGUCGUGCGCCUCCCCAUUUCCCAGAAGCCCCAUGGACUCCUCUCCAGUGUCUCCUCACCCUGACCCGUUCCCUAGCAACAACCUUUCCAACCAGCUGCAGCCACCGCCUCUCCCGGAGAAGAAGAUGGUGAACCGCACCGUCUCCGCCCCUGACAGCGCAGCCGGGAAACCCCUGUUCUGGGCCUUCCCCCGCCUCCCCUUCACCGGUGGUUCCGAGAGCAACGCAUCUCGUCCAAGCAUACCAUCCCUGUCCAGCCUCCCGUCCUCCCCUGUCGACCCCCGUCCCCUCUACUCCUCCGAAUCCCUAGAGCGCUGUCAUGGCCCUCCGGGUCGCCCCCUGCACUCCCGGACCCUGGACGAACCCCUGAAAGUACGUGGUCGACUCGGAGGACACAGCCGGGGCAGCAUCACCUCCUCCUCCUCCCCCCAGCUCAGCGGCCCUCACCUCUCAGCCGCCGGGCCCACCCACGGCUCUAGCCUGCAGCUGCAGACCCUGCUCAGUAACAUAGACAGUAGAGAGGGCAUCUACUCUAAGCUGGGAGGCCUGUACGCUGAGUCGUUGCGGCGCCUGGCUCUGAAAUGCGAGGACCACUUCACCCGCAGCCAGAAGAACACGCUGCGCUUCGAUGAGAGCAACUGGUCCCUGUUCAAACUGACCUGUAACAAAGCCAGCUGUAAUGCAGGCGAUGCCGUGUACUACUCUGCUGCCUGCGCCUCCGACCCAUCUAACUCCUACGCUGUCAAGAUCUGUAAGAGCCAGACCUCUGAAGCCAAGCAGGGRCACCUCUACGGCUUGUCUGUCCAGCAAACCCUCCCACCCCACUUCAACCUCCAGCAGGACUGUGGUCACUUCAUCGCCUGCGUCCCRCAGAGCAUGCUCCCCCCUGACGAGGCUUCACUGCCUCUCGGGCCCAACCCCACGCAGGGGGACAAGGAACGCGUGGUGGUUAUCACRCAGGAGGUGCCACAGCAGAGUACGGCAGACUUCGUGAAGGAGUGGGCGUCCUUCCACCAGGCUCAGCCAGAGGUUUACGAACGGCGGGUCUGCUUCCUCCUGCUGCAGCUGUGCAACGGUCUGGAGCACCUAAAGGAGCACGGGGUCACACACCGCGACCUCUGUCUGGAGAACCUUCUCCUGAUCCCUCACCGUCGCCCCCUGCAGGCCAACCCUAAUGCCCCCUACGACCAGAAGCACCUCCCCCGCCUGGUCAUCGCCAGCUUCGCCAAGGCCAAGCAGCGAAACACUGAGGAUUCCGCUGCCAAUGAUCCCCGCAUUAAACGCGACCACGCCCGCCUGGCCCCGGAGAUCGUGUCGGCCGCCCAGUACCGGAAAUUCGACGAGUUCCAAACGGGAAUCCUGAUCUACGAACUGCUCCACCAGCCCAACCCAUUCGAGGUGAGCCCGAAACUGAAAGAACAGGACUACAACUGUGAGGACCUGCCCCCCAUUCCGCCAGUCUCCCUCUACUCCGCUGGGCUCCAGAGACUAACCCGGCUGCUCCUCCAGCCAGACCCAAUCAAACGCAUCCACAUCCAGGAGGCCAAGCGGGUGCUGCAGAGCCUACUGUGGGGCCCCCGGAGGGACCUGAUGGAGCAGCAGCAGUGGGGGGUCCGAGACAGGCUGGGCCCCGGAGAAGGGCCCUGCCACGAGGGCCUCCUCAACUGGCUGGACGUGAAGAGAGCCCUGCUGAUGAUGAAGUUUGCUGAGAGGUCUCUGGAGCCGGAGAGGAAUGCAGAGUUGGAGGACUGGCUGUGUUGUCAGUACUUCAGUGCCGCUCACCCUCUGUCCCUGUGUCAUACUGCUGAGCUGCUCUACUCACUCAAAUGACUGAAACACUGACUGGACAAACUUUCUGAAUCCCAAAUCAACCCCUAGCUCCCUCGGCAUCCUUGAGAMCUGAAAAGAUUGGAUCGUUUUGGGAUUGGGGCGAGUUUGUGGACAACGUGUAGAGACAAUGAACCAACGCCCUGGGUUUCCCUGUAUCUGUCACGGAGGAUAUACGAAAAUACAAUYUGAACCUGCUGCCCGCCUGCCUCCUUUUACAACGACAUGCAUGAAAGCAAGGCGUCACCGACUGUCCAUUCAGCUUCUACUGUAUAUGUGUUCUAGUUUACAGACUGCUGUUUUGUUUACUGAAUGGGACUAAGGCAGACCACUGGAGAUUGUCCAAAAGCACAGCCAGGCCAGGGAUGGACAGAACCGCCGAACAUGGAAUGGUCUCUCUGGCCAGACUGAACACUCUCCACUCUCCACCCCAAAACACAACCCCUGUGAGAAGAGACGUGCACAGAAUGGAGCAUUCUAAUCAGACAAAGAUGUACACUUUACUAUAAUGCAAAGUACUAAUGAACAACAGUCGAGCCAAGACAUUCUAACUGUUACGGUCUUGUCCUUAAUUAAUAGGACUUCUCGAUGCCCUUUGACCUUUGGAAUAGUAAGAGCUCCCGGCUGGUAUUUCAUCCCUGUCCACUCCAGCAAGUCUUGACAUAAAUGUUUUAUUGUGCCUGUGCAGCUAUUUAACUUUUGUUUGCUGAUUACAAAAUGUAAAUAGAGGGUCACACACAAGUAUUUACAUUUGCCGAUAUUAAAAUGGCACAUGUGGUAAACGUGUUGACACGGAGUCACCGGGUUCUAGAAUGAUGCUUACUAUUCAGUGUAAAAGGUAUGAUGUUGCAUCUCACCUCGUCAAUCCAUAUGGGGAGUAAAGGUAUUGGUCGUUAGAGAGGCAGCCAUUUGAAAGGCAAAGCUGUUUUGACUGAAUGGAACUAGUCUGACCUGAACCAAUUAGAAAUGUGUACUGCCUAAUGCCACUUAAUACGGUGUGUAUUGCAUUAGUUAAGAUGGCCAGAACCACCACWGCUAUGGCCCCACUUACCCCAAUACUUACCUUAAUAUCAUCUACAAUUGUUGUUUUCGAUAUUUUAAAAUUGUUACAGUGCCUUUAGUUCUCCGUGUGUUAUGGUGACUGAGAACUUAAAUUGUAAAUCGUAACCCCUAUACUCCCUCUUCGAUAUGUGAAACUGGAAUUUCACAGACUGGUCUGGAGACAGAUAUAACUUUGUACAUACAGAGAUUGUAGAUCAACUGGUGUGUCCCACUCAAGCAGGUCUUAAUAAUUGCAAUGGAUAAGAUCCAUAGUGAAAGUAUUUAUGAAAUCCAAUUGUUUAACCUGUAUUAGUCACUGGAAUGCCUUUUAGUUUUUUUGGUUGCGUCCAACAUAACACUAUAUUACCUACAUAGUGCACUACUUUUGACUAGGGCCAAUAUAGGGGUUUUGGUCCAAAGUAGUGCACUAUUUAGGGAAWAGGGUGCCAUUUUGGGAAGCUACCUGUGAUUGUUUUUCCCUUUUUAUUACUUUGUUUGUUUUAGAGGUUGACGUUUUAAUGCUUCUGCUGUUGUGCUUGCUGUGUCUCUUCUCCUUUGCCAGUGCAUUGCAGCAGACUGCUUCUAUACACACUUUAACUUCUUAGCUUUUUCUCCAAUGAGAAAUAUGGCCUGAGGCUGCAAAGGAAACAGUCCAAAUACUGUUCUAUUCCACUGCGGUUAUCAGUAUGUGACUAGAACAUUUACACUUCUCUGAUGACUAACAAGUUAUUAACAGAAUGUGUUAAGCCUCACCUGCAUCUAUUAAUAAAUUGGAAAUGUUUUCACACAUUCACACCAUA